UUGAAGCGUCACAGAAGUGGCGGCUGUCCCCUUUAUUGUUGUAUUAUUAAAAUUCGUUAUAUUUACUAUUAUAAUUAAGGAGAGAGGAGAGAGGCAGAGGGCGCUGCAGGGAGGAGGAACUUUUCUCCCGGGCUCCGGUUUCCGCGCACGGGGCCCGGAUGGAGCUGCGCGCGCACCCACGCGGCCUUCCGCACAGGAGCGCCGGGCGGUCGCUAGACAACGGGGGGGGGGGACCCGACGCUGGCGGCGUCAGUCAUGGCGGUCCGGCUCCGGCGCGGCGCUGGGGCGGCAGGCGCGCUCCGGAGGCGCCUCUGGUCCUCGCGAGCCCGGGACCCCGCGGGGCCGCCGCCGCCGUCCGAGGCGGUGGACGUGGCGGCGCUGCUGAAGGACGCCACGGUGGACGCGGGCCCGAAGCGGGGGCCUCGGUCUCGACUAAGCCCCGCGACCACCUCGGUGCUGCUCUUCCCGGGCCAGGGCAGCCAGGCCGUCGGCAUGGGGCGCGCGCUUCUCCGCUACCCGGGCGCGCGCGCGCUCUACGCCGCCGCCGGGCGCGUGCUGGGUUACGACCUGCUGGAACUGAGUUUGCGCGGGCCGCGCGCGGAGCUGGAGCGCACGGUGCGCUGUCAGCCCGCGCUCUACGUGGUCUCGCUCGCCGCCCUGGAGGCGCUUCGGCACCAGCGGCCCGAGGUUAUCGAGAAUUGUGUUGCUGCAGCUGGAUUUAGCGUGGGAGAGUUUGCAGCCCUUGUGUUUGCUGGUGCCUUAGAAUUUGAAGAAGGACUGCUCGCGGUCAGAGUGCGUGCCGAGGCCAUGCAGGAAGCAUCUGCAGCUGUUCCCAGUGGCAUGCUCUCGGUCCUCGGGAGGCCUCAGACCCAGUACAAGGCGGCCUGCCUGGAUGCACGAGAGCACUGCCAGAGCCUGGGCAUCGAGCAGCCCGUCUGCGAGGUGGCCAACUAUCUCUUUCCCGACUGCCGAGUGAUCUCUGGGCACCUCCAGGCCCUGCACUUCCUGCAGAAGAAUUCCUCCAGGUACCACUUCAGGAGGACCAGGAUGCUGCCGGUCAGCGGAGGGUUCCACACGCGUCUCAUGAAGCCCGCUUUGGAGCCGCUGGCUCAAGCCUUAAAGAAAAUGGACGUGAAGAAGCCUUUGAUUUCUGUCCAUUCCAACGUGGACGGCACUAAGUACAUGCAUGCCAAACACAUCCAGCAGCUGCUGGUGAAGCAGGUCGUGUCCCCCGUGAAGUGGGAGCAGACCAUGCAUGCCAUCUAUGAGCGGAGGAAGGGGAUCGGGUUCCCGCAGACAUUUGAGGUGGGGCCCGGGAAGCAGCUGGGGACCAUCCUAAAGAACUGUAACCUCCAGGCUUGGAAGACCUAUAGUCAUGUGGAAGUGAUGGAGGAGGAGGGGGAAGAGGAGGAGGAGGAGGAGGAAGGGAAAGAGGAGGAGGAGGGGAAGAGAAGGAGGGGAAGGGGAACCUGGAUGUGUAGCCGAGGCCACUCUAGCGCUGUUGGGAUCGACUGCAAGAACGGGUCCAGGGCUGGGCUGCUGUCUGUCUGUCAGAGGGGGCCUCCCGCCCUGCCUCCCAGAGCCACUCUCUGGAUUGGUGUUGGGGCUAGCCGGCCCCAACGGGAGGGAGAAAUAGAAAGUGCGUUCUGAGCACCAUCUGAUCCUA